AUAAAGCUUGCUUCACCCUCCUUUUAGUGGUAUAUCCGGCUAUUUAUCUGCCAUGUGUGCGGAAGUUGAAAACAAGGCAAGAUGACACGAACGUCACUUGCGUGAUCGUUUUCUGUUCUUGGAGGGGGGUUCAGACAAUUCUGGUUAAAAUUCCGAAAAUUUUCUGGUUUGUUGGCUUACUUGACAAUCAAAUGUGACAACAACUAUGUCCAGGAUUUCCAGAACAUUCGUGGUCACGCUCUUAUGCUGCGUGCUGGCCUGCUGCGCUGUCAAAGAUGUCGUCACUGGAUAUGACAGGGAGAGGGUAGUUUGCCCUCUGAAGAGUCGUGUGUGGGGCCCGGGGCUUGAAGCCAACUUCAACGUGCCUGCACGGUUCUUUUUCAUUCAGGCUGUCGACUUCGAAAACAACAGUUUUACAUACUCUCCUGGACCCAACGCAUUCCAAGUGAGUGUUCGGCCAACCAGUGGACGGGGGCGGGUCUGGACGCAGGUUCUGGAUCGAAAUGAUGGCUCCUUCAUUGUGCGCUUUCGUCUGUAUGAGUCCUACCCAGGGAUGAGAAUUGAGGUGAAGAGUGGAGACAGACACGUCCAAGGUUCACCAUUCCUCAUCUCAGAUCCUGUGUAUGAUGAGAAAUGCUACUGCCCAGAGCAAAUUCAGAGCCAGUGGCAGGCUGAUAUGCGCUGCAGGUCAGAAAUGCACCCACAGAUCGAAGAAGACCUGUCUAUAUUUCCCGCUAUUGAUCUGGACCGGCUGGCAACAGAGACAGUCAACAGGUUUGCCAGACACCAUAGCCUCUGCCACUACAGCAUCAUAAAUAACAGAAUAUACAGGAAAACACACGGUGAACAUGUUGGCUUCAAAAUGUUUUCAGAUGCAUUUCUACUCUCAAUGGCUCGAAAGGUGCAGCUCCCCGAUGUGGAGUUCUUCAUUAACCUGGGCGACUGGCCGCUGGAGAAGCGAGGGGCUGACCACAGCCCGCUGCCGAUCCUCUCCUGGUGCGGCUCAGAUGAGAGCAGGGAUAUCGUCCUGCCAACCUACGACAUUACCGAAUCGACACUGGAGACCCUCGGCAGGGUUACUCUGGACAUGCUGUCAGUCCAGGCCAACACUGGGCCCAAGUGGGUCAACAAGACCAACAAGGCCUUCUGGCGGGGCCGGGACAGCCGUCGGGAGCGGCUGAACCUGGUCAAGCUGUCCCGAGAACAACCGGAGCUCAUUGAUGCUGCCCUCACCAAUUUCUUCUUCUUCCGCAAUGAGGAGGCGGAAUAUGGGCCCAAAGUCAAGCACAUAUCCUUCUUUGAUUUCUUCAAGUACAAGUUUCAGAUCAACAUCGAUGGCACUGUGGCAGCCUACCGGUUACCAUACCUUCUCAGUGGUGACAGCACCGUCUUGAAGCACGACUCUGUCUUCUAUGAGCAUUUCUACAAGCAGCUGGAGCCCUGGGUGCAUUACAUCCCAUUCAAGAAGGACUUGAGCGACCUGGUGGACAAGAUCAAAUGGGCGCAGACACAUGAUGAAGAGGCGAAGACGAUAGCCCAAAAUGCCCAGCAGUUCGCAAGGGAACAUCUGAUGUCCAACAAUAUCUUCUGUUACUACUUUCAGCUUCUUCAGGAAUAUGCUAAGAGACAGACGGGACCCCCAGUUGUUCGUGAGGGUAUGGAGCUCGUGGAGCAACCACAGGAUGGCACGCCAUGCCAAUGCAGUAGACUAAGCCCGGCUCAUGAAGAACUCUGAAAGCCAGCUUUGCCAAACUAGGCUGCCUGUUUUCUUCAUAAAUACUGUAAAAUAAAUAUUUUUAUAGACCAUUCUAUUACUCAUACCACCGAUCAGACAGCCUCACUGAAGUGUUUUUACAAUGCGCCGUGAUUCCUUAACAAUGACACAACUCAUCUUCAUCAAAAGUAAGAACAUCAUAGUGUAACAGACAUUUUGUUUAUCUCACUGAGAAACAGUCUGAAAGCAUUUUAAUUGGUGUUUGUUUGCAGUUACACGACAGACUAAUUUUUAAGGCAAUGUAGUGAUUCUCACUUUGAUGGAGGUUUUCAUUCAUUGUUUUGACUAGUGUGUCAUAGAAAUCAACAGAUGACCCAGAAAGUCAACCAGGAUUCCUUAGUCAAAACAAAGAACACAACUGUAGCUUCUAUGUAGACCACUGUACCUUUUUUAGAGAUAAAGGUUUUGAGUAACUACAAACUAUUAGUGUAAAUGUCCUAUGCAAGGAUUCAGACUAUUUUGAACAUUUUACCUCAAAGUAUUUUUUAAGUAAAAAAGACUUACGUGAUUUUGAUGCUUAACUUAGCGUAUAUACUUGUAUGCAGCAGUUCACCACUUUACACUCUGAACAAUUUUGUCUAUUUUUGUGAAAUCGACUUAUUUUGUUUAAGAUUUUACCCAGACUCCUGCUAGGUUUGUAGUGUACUUGAGUUGGAUACCGUCAAAGAAUAUGUAACAUUCAGGGUCACAAGGGCAUUUUCACUGGAGAGAAGACACAUAAUCAGACCUGUCGACAUGCUACACUCCUCCCUGAGGUCAGGCAUUACCACACAAUAGAUUCAAAACCUAAAUGAACUGAAGGCUGAUUGAAAUACCUUUUAAUCUAUUGUGUGGUAAUGCCUGACCUCGGGAAGGAGUACGGCAAGGUUGGCAGGUAUGCAUAACAUAUGUGAUGUCUCCUGGUCAAACAGUUGGAGAUUGUUAAGACACUUGGGGGCAGCAAACACAACUUGUCCUUUUCUAUUUACAUCACGUUUGAGCUAAUGUAGGCGUGCCCAAAAUUAUGCAAACAAUAAUGGAUGGGUCAUGUAUGUCACCACCAAGCAUCUCAAAAGUCUCCCAUUUUGCAGUCUUUGUUCUUGAAGUGGGCAUCAGAGCAGAGCACAAAUCAUGUUUCAUUGAUUUCAAUACUUAUUUAAACAAAAGCAUUUAAGAAAUAAAAAUGGAAGUGUAGACUUCUGUAAGGAGAUUACUGCGGUGGAGCUGCAAUCACGCAUGCAUUCCUGAACUUGAACAUGUGCAUUGCUGUGGGCAAAUCCUGACAUUCUGUGGUCAAUGAGGCACUCAGCUUGCUUGUACAAUCUGCCGGUAAGUAUGGUAGAACAGCAUUACAUGUAAUGGCUUCAAAUUCUGCUGCCAAUUCCACAAAAUUUGGCAUCACUUCGCACACUUGUGUAUUUAGCCUUACGCCAAAUUUGUGGCACAGUUGUGCAUUGUACUUACGGUCAAUUUCAAAAACAAUUACAUUUCUCAUAUAAACCUUGCUAUGUUGAGUCAGUGAUUAGCCUUAACUGAAAGUGAUUAAUUGGUAAAAUCAUUCACUUCUAGUUUGUUUGGUGCACCUUAUGCCACCUAGGAUGAUUGAGUAUGCGGUAAUUUGUACAGAGUGUGGAAGGACGCAAUGCAUGAUGUUUCCUGACAUUUAUCAUAAUUGAUUGUGCAACCUACACAUGAAAAUGUGGCAUAAGUGAAGUUGUGCCAUGGUGUGAGGUGUCGUGAUAUCGGCUGUUGGUCGCCGAAUAAAUCUACAGCCAUAGAAGUGAUGGCAAGGAAUGGUGUUGGCCUUCAGGCAGUCACAGUCAUUGUAUUUCCCAUGUUUAAAAGAUCAUGUAAAUACACUAGGCAUACCAUAAUGCAAAAAUUCUUUGCAGUUGAUCAUACAAAGAAUGUAGUACGUACUUUUUUAUUUUUGCAUAACUCACCAACUUUGUACAUAAUGUAUGUAUUUUUUGGAACCAAACAAAUGCCAUGUAUGCACCAAUUUUCUGGUUGUACAUGUCACUUGUAACUGACUGAACAUGUACUUUGAUAUCAAAUGCCAGUGUCAUUCAAGAGCAAUUUGGUUUGGAAAAAUGUUUUCAUAAACUCAUAAGUGUAGUUUAAAAUACAAUUUUUUACUGUAAAACAGUGGACAGUAGAAAGUGGUUCAGAUAGGAAUGGAGGAUAUAUUAAAGUGAUGAAUGAUAAUCAGUGAUGUCUUCAGCUAACUCUGCGGGAAGAGUUACUCUCGUGACAUUAUGCCUUCCUUAGAAAACUGUGUCUUGUGCCAAGCGUGAAAGAGCAAUCAGCAUAAGUUAUGAAAUAUUAAAGUUUCCUGUCACAUCAACUAGAUGACUAAAUGUAAUAAUAUUGCAUGCUGUCUGUGGCUUUGGCUGUAAGGAAUAUUGUAUUGGUGUGAUUGCAAUAUGCAGCCCAUCAAACAUGAGUUAAAUUCACAAGGUCAAAAACCAUGCCAAUGCAAAGUAUGUUUAACUGACUCAUCAAAUGUGUGGUUUGUUUGGCAUGUGCAUGUACUUGGCAGCAAGUGCAUUAACAUUUCAUAAGUUUCAUUUAUUACCAGCGUGUAACUUGCCAGCUAUGACCGUUGUGACAUACGGGACACUUUAUUAGUUUUUUUUUUUACCUUUUCCUACAGAGUACGUGAAAUAGUCUGCUGUGCAUGGUUGGUUAAUGUCUAUCCCUUCACGCUUAAACAUUUUUAUCAGUGGGUAGAGUCACUAGUAUCCUUUGGGUGUGAAUUUACAUUGGGAUUAAUGUGUACUCAAUUUUGCAUGAAGACUAACUGGCACUUUACUGCGGAAUUGUGCCACUGGCACACAUGUAGCUAUAGACCCUUAGUGACCAUUUUACCUGCUGUACAGCAGUUCUCUUCUGAAAUAAAGGUCCGACUUGAGGACAGCCCUUUAAAGAACAACUCAACAUUUCCAGGGGUUCUCAGGGUUUAUUAUUCAGAAAAUACACAUCGAACAGAUUUUGACAUAUCUAAGACACUGACCUGUAACUAACAUACUUGUACUCUAUCCUUUCAAGCAGGUGGAUGUAGUUUAGUGUUUGCCGUACACGUUUUCUGAUUGGACCAGUUCACCAAACCGCGGAAUGUUUGCGGCACAGUUGUGGAUAGAGCACUUGUUUCAAACAAGUCAUUUGGUAUUGAGUCACAUGAUGUCAGUCUGUUGCCAUGGUGCUUCAAUUUUGAAUCGUGAUUUUUUUCAUCUUUCUUCCAGUCUCAUCUGAAAAGUUUCCAGCAAACUGAACUGGUCACGACUUAAAGCUGAAUACCGAUGGUAAACAAAAGUAAACAUUUUCAUAGAAGAGUAAUGUGUGUGUGCAUAGUGUGUGUUGCAGAAACGUGUGACCUUGUUAGUGUAGUUUGUGUUGAUGGUUUGGUUAUGGACGCGAGCAGUGACAAAUCGAUGAGUAUCUACUGGACAUUAUGGUUUAAACAACUCCAGAAUAAAUAAGUCGUGGUGUACAACAUGAAAGUACACUUUGAAAUGUAACCUUCUUUUUCCUUUGCUCACAGGGUUCCAAGCUAGUCUGCGUUAAUUUUGAAAAAGAAGUGUUGGCUAAAAAGGGCAUUUCAUAUUUUUCACAUUUUAUACAGUGAUGGGGCCUGCAUGUGGGAGCCCCUUUAAUAUUUUCUUUACUUUGUAGAUAAAACUUAAUGUCAGUAUUAUUUGUAUUUAUUUUUUUUUUAUUUUCAAAAUGUCAGAGCCAAAUUUCACGUAGAUGCUUAACAGUUAGCAAAUAAAUUGUACCGACUAUAGUGGAAAAAUUUGCUAACCUUAAGUAAACACUUUCACGGUGGUUCUUGGCCUGGUUGUACAUCGGUUGCAUGUGCGUAGGGAGUUUUUAUUAUUUUGUCACUGUAUGUUAAGCAAAUUUUUCCUCCAAGUUUACUGUCUCCAUGAAAUACUGUUAGUGUCAAAUUGUGUACUUGGCAGCACCAUGAAAUUUGGCCUCGAUGUGAAGUAAAAUGUGAUAUUCAAGUUAUCUGAUAAAAGAAAAUGUCUUGGGAUAUUUUACAAGUUCAAAGACAAUAUCUGUGUUAUACAUGUAUAGUCAAAUCCUAUUCUGUGUCCGCGUGCUAACUCAAAUGCGAAGUCAUACAGUAAGAUUCAAGCCUGGAUAGUUGGGCUGUGUUGACCGAAUACUUAUUAUAAUAUGCAGCAUUUUACUGUCAUCAAAGGCUCACACAUUCAGAUUACAGUGUCCAAUUUUUCACAUUCAGUGUCUACUGUGCAAAUUAGGCUGUCUGAAGUGCUCGGCCACGGCUUGACUAAUGUGUAUGUCUAUGGAAGCUACUAGCUUGUGGCUUUAUGCAUUCCCCAUAGGCACAUGUGCUAUUUCAAGUCAGAGCCAAGUAAUACGGACAUGGCAUAGUGUUCGAGUUUAUUCAUUGGACUCAGAACAGGAAUCGACUACAACAGAAUGGAUUAGAAACUAACAUAAGGUUUGAAUAAUAUUUGAUCUUAAUUACAAGUAGUUGAUAACUCGUGGUUUGGUUUUAUGAUUUUUUUCCCAGAUUGUUCUGUAAAUGUAAUCUCUAUCAUAUUCACAUUGGUGCUUUUUUGCAUAAUAAACUCGGAGCAAAAAACCAAACAAGA